AUGGCUGACACGAAAAAUCCGGUAACGAAUGUGAAAGGAGAAUUUAUCCGUGGAGUAACCGCUUUUCGAAAUUGGAUUAAAGAUGAUUCAUCCGCUGAAUAUCAACCAGAAGCAAAUCGUUAUCAUAUUUACGUCGCUUUGGCUUGUCCUUGGGCUCAUCGAACUCUGACUGUCCUGAAAUUAAAAGGCCUCGAUCAUGUCAUUUCGUAUUCCGUUGUGGAUAGUUUACUUGAGUUCGAAAAAGGUUGCGGAUGGGCAUUUGGAGAAAAAUAUCCUGAUCCACAUCAUCCAACAUUCACCCAUUUAAAAGAUGUUUAUAAACUAAAUGAUCCUGAUUACAGUGGACGCGUCACUGUGCCUGUCCUCUUUGACCUUAAAACUCAGAAAAUAGUCAAUAAUGAAUCGGCUGAAAUCAUUCGAAUGCUCAAUUCUGAAUUCAACAAAUUGGCUCGUUAUCCCGAUUUAGAUCUUUAUCCGGAAUCCCUACGAUCACGUAUCGACGAACUAAACGAGCAAGUUUAUCCGAAAUUGAACAACGGUGUUUAUCGAGCUGGCUUCGCUAAAUCUCAAGAAGCCUACGACGCUGCUUUCGAAGAUGUUUUCUCCAUGUUAGACAUUCUUGAAGGCAUCCUCUCCAAACAACGUUAUCUUAUCGACAAUAAACAGAUCACUGAAGCCGAUGUUCGUGCCUGGACAACACUGCUACGAUUUGAUCCCGUUUACUUCACACAUUUCAAAUGUAAUAAGAAGAUGAUUUCCAAAGACUAUCCAAAUCUAUUCGGAUUCGUACGGGAAAUUUAUCAAAUGAAAGAUGUCAAAGAAACAGUUAACUUCAAUGAAAUCAAACGACAUUAUUUUGCUUCCCAUUUAAUGGUCAAUCCAACAGGUAUCGUUGCGCGAGGGCCAGAGAUUAAUUACGAUUUACCGCACGACAGAAAUCGUUUCUAA